GCGGAAAAAAAAUCGGAUAGGAGCAGAAGUGGAAGACACGCUGAGGGAGGAAAGGGGGUCAGGGAUACGGAGUUUUACCACACUGAGUGAAAUUAGUGGAGUUGCUCUUACAAACGGCGGUGCAGACGAAACCAAGGAGCUUUGGUGACAACAAACCAGUGCCUGUUUUUUGUUGCUUUUGGAAGAAAUACAAAUAUUUUUCAACACACCUUUGUCUUUCUCUACGGUUUUUUUAUUUUAUUUUUUGUAAUUUCUUGUUUAUCUUAUUUAAUUUUUACCUUGGUGUUGCACAGGUGUGCUUUUGGUCUGAGCGUAAUUUGAACGGCGUUGCCAAAUUGCGCCAGGAUGCGCGUCUGUCCUCUGAUGGUCUUCCUCUGUCUGCUGAGUGCGGCACACGCUCAAAAGUUCUCCGCUCUCACGUUCCUGCGGGUGGAUCAGGAUAAGGAGUGCGACAUGGAAUGUAGCAGAGCUCCUCGCAAACCCUUGUGCGCCUCGGACGGCAGGACCUUCACAUCUCGCUGCGAGUUCCUUCGAGCCAAGUGCCGCGACCCCCAGCUGGAGGUCAUCCGAGGGCCAUGCAAAGAUACAUCCAGAUGCGUAGCAGAGAAGAAGUACACAGAGCAGCAAGCCAAGAAGCUUUUCCCUCAGGUCUUUGUACCAGUAUGCAACCCCGAUGGCACAUACAGUGAGGUACAAUGUCACAGCUACACCGGAUACUGUUGGUGCGUAACUCCCAAUGGUCGACCGAUCAGUGGCUCCGCUGUGGCUAAUAAAAAGCCUCGAUGUCAAGGGUCAAAACAAGAGCGAGCUACCACAAGAGAACCAGGAAAAGUCUCUUUGCAAAUAUUCUCCAUUCUGAAUGCAGAUGAGACUGGCUUAGUGGUGGAUCCACAACCCCCUGCGGAUGAAGAAGACAUCAUUUCCCAGUACCCCACUCUGUGGACGGAGCAGGUCCGCAGCCGGCAAAACAAUAGAACUAGAGCACCAUCCUCAUCGUGUGACCAGGAGCAACAGUCUGCUCAAGAGGAAGCAAAGCAGCACAAAAACGACGCUGUGUUUGUUCCGGACUGUGGCCAAGGCGGAUUGUACAAGCCAGUCCAGUGCCAUCCCUCUACUGGCUACUGUUGGUGUGUCCUGGUGGACACUGGACGGCCCAUACCUGGUACCUCCACCAGGUAUGAGCAGCCAAAGUGCGAUGGCAACGCGAGGGCUCAUCCAACGAAACCAAAGGACCAUUACAGAAGCAGACAUCUUCAAGGCUGUCCCGGUGCAAAGAAAACUGAAUUUCUGACAAGUGUUCUUGAUGCGCUGUCGACAGACAUGGUUCACGCCGUCACAGAUCCAGCAUCUGCCGGAAAGGUGGUGGAGCCUGACCCCAACCACACACUAGAGGAGAGGGUGGUCCACUGGUAUUUUGGUCAGCUGGAUAAAAACUCCAGCGGCGACAUUGGAAAGAAGGAGAUCAAGCCAUUCAAACGCUUCCUGCGCAAAAAAUCCAAGCCCAAGAAGUGUGUCAAGAAGUUUGUGGAGUAUUGCGACAUCAGCAAUGACAAAGCACUGUCCCUGCAGGAGCUGAUGGGCUGCUUGGGGGUAACCAAGGAAGAAGGGGCCAAAACAGGAGAAGGCUUAUCUCCCAGUAGACUUCACCCCUCGAAGAAACAAGGCUAAAACAGCAAGUGAGGAUCCCGCUUCCACAUGGACAUUCUGCCCUCACCAUUCGGCAAAAACAAAAACCGUAGUAUUUGCACUUUGUACUUUAAGGAAAAUGUAAAUUCACUUUGUAGAAAUAAGGUAUUUAAACAGACUGCUGAAUCUGUGAAUGUUUUAGUUAGCUUUUUUUUUUUUGUGUGUCCCGACCAGCAAAAAUUAUUAGCACAUACAAUGUAUGUGUACUUUGAGUGUCUAAGUUGUCAUGUUGGAUGUUUCAUGUUGUGCCCCUUUCUAUGUGGACUUUUCCUCUUGUGUUGAUGACUAUAAAUCUGAUGUGUGGAUAGUUUUCUCGCAGACGACACCUAUUCAUUUAGAACGUAGUAUCUUUUCCUGUGUCAUUAAUGGCAGCUUGUUUCAAACACUAACCAUGAGAAACAUGCUACAGAUUCCUAUGUAUUCUUGUUUAUUAGAAAUAAAGACCUGUUUUAUACAUUUAGUUUUUAUACGUGUCUGUCUGACUGCUAAAUAAAUAAUGUUAUGUG